AUGCUGUCCCGCAAAGGCAUCAUCCCUGAGGAGUACGUGCUGACACGGCUAGCAGAGGACCCGACAGAGCCCCGGUACCGUGCCCGUGAGCGGAGAGCCCGUUUCGUGUCCAAGAAUGGCAACUGCAACGUGGCCCACAAGAACAUCCGGGAGCAGGGUCGCUUCCUUCAGGACGUGUUCACCACGCUGGUGGACCUCAAGUGGCCAUACACGCUGCUCAUCUUCACCAUGUCCUUCCUGUGCAGCUGGCUGCUCUUUGCCAUGGUCUGGUGGCUCAUCGCCUUUGCCCACGGUGACCUGGCCCCUGGUGAGGGUGCUGCCGUGCCCUGCAUCACCAGCAUCCACUCCUUUUCAUCUGCCUUCCUUUUCUCCAUCGAGGUGCAGGUGACCAUCGGCUUCGGCGGGCGCAUGGUGACCGAGGAGUGCCCUCUGGCCAUCCUGACCCUCAUUGUGCAGAACAUAGUGGGGCUCAUGAUCAACGCCAUCAUGCUGGGCUGCAUCUUCAUGAAGACGGCCCAGGCCCACCGGCGGGCUGAGACCCUCAUCUUCAGCAAGCACGCGGUCAUCGCCCUGCGCCACAGCCGCCUCUGCUUCAUGCUGCGCGUGGGCGACCUCCGCAAGAGCAUGAUCAUCAGCGCCACCAUCCAUAUGCAGGUGGUGCGCAAGACCACCAGCCCUGAGGGCGAGGUGGUGCCCCUCCACCAGGUGGACAUCCCCAUGGAGAAUGGCGUGGGUGGCAAUAACAUCUUCCUGGUGGCUCCCCUCAUCAUCUACCACGUCAUUGACGCCAAAAGCCCGCUCUAUGACCUGGCGCCCUGCGACCUGCACCACCAUAAGGACCUUGAGAUCAUCGUCAUCCUGGAAGGGGUGGUGGAAACCACGGGCAUCACCACCCAGGCCCGCACCUCCUACCUGGCCGACGAGAUCCUGUGGGGCCAGCGCUUUGUACCCAUCGUGGCCGAGGAGGAUGGCCGCUACUCUGUGGACUACUCCAAGUUUGGCAACACCAUCAAAGUGCCCACGCCGCUCUGCACGGCCCGCCAGCUGGAUGAGGACCCCAGCCUGCUGGAUGUCCUGACCCUCGCCCGCGGGCCCCUGCGCAAGCGCAGCAUGGCCGUGGCCAAGGCCAAGCCCAGGUUCAGCAUCUCUCCAGGUUCCCUGUCCUGA